AUGAGUUUGGAAGACCAUGGAGGGAGCCUUGGUCUUGGGGCCGAGACUGUAUAUGGAACCCAUGAAGAUUCUCAUGUUGUCAUGUCAGAAAAAGUACAAUCGCUUGCAGGCAGCAUUUAUCAGGAAUUUGAGAGGAUGAUAGCAAGAUAUGAUGAAGAUGUUGUCAAAACUUUGAUGCCAUUACUUGUGAAUGUUUUGGAAUGCCUGGAUGCAGCCUACCAACAAAAUCAGGAACAUGAUGUGGAACUUGAAUUGCUGAGAGAGGACAAUGAACAGCUAGUAACACAGUAUGAGAGAGAAAAGGGUGCUAGGAAAGGAUCUGAGCAAAAGUUGCUGGAAUAUGAAGAUGCUGCUGAAGGCGAACGGAAGGAACUCUCCACGCGCCUCGAGGCCCUCGAGAGCAUCGUGCGCAUGCUCGAGCUCAAGCACAAGAACUCGCUGGAGCACGCUAGCCGACUGGAGGAGCGCGAAACGGAACUGAAAAAGGAGUACGCCAAGCUGCACGAGCGGUAUACGGAGCUGUUCAAGACGCACGUCGACUACAUGGAGCGCACCAAGCUGCUGCACUCCGGCCAGCAGUUGGCGAACGAGCGCAGCGAGGCGGGGCGCUUGCCCUCGAACAGGAUCAACGUGGGUCGCAGCUCGGGACCGGUGUCGUUCGGGUUCGAGUCGCUGGCCAAUGCUGAGACUGUGGAGAGUGUUCCUUCGUCGCCAAUCAGUAGUGCGCAUUCGUCACCGAGUUUACAUAGUGAAUUUGACAAUAUGAGGGAUGGUGUAUUGAAAGUGGAAAGAGGUCAAACUACCGACUCUCCACACCUCGAAAAUAAAAGUGUAGUCACGUCACCUGUCAGUCCACAGACACCUCAAAACAAUAAUAGUAGGAUGAAUACCAAAAAGGAACAAAGAAGUGGGAAUACUUUGUAUCAAGAAUUGAGUUACCAUGAUCUUGAUGGCGAUGAAGAUGCUAGUGAUAUUACAGGUGGUUGGGUUCACCCAGGGGAAUAUGCAUCAUCAGGAAUGGGCAAAGAAGUUGAGAACCUCAUCAUGGAAAAUAACGAGCUGCUGGCAACAAAGAACGCUCUGAACGUGGUCAAGGACGAUCUGAUAGUGAAAGUGGACGAGCUCACCGGCGAAAUCGACAUGCUGCGAGAGGAGAUCCUGUCGUUGAACAUGUCGAAGACCAAACUGAAGGAGCGGAUCGGCGAUCUGGAGGACGAACUACGGAAGGUGAAGGAGGCGAACGAGGCGCGGCAAGACGCCGUCGAGGAAUCCGAUGUACCGAUGGCGCAGAGAAAGAGGUUUACCAGAGUGGAGAUGGCCAGAGUACUUAUGGAACGUAAUCAAUACAAGGAACGCUUCAUGGAGCUGCAAGAGGCCGUCCGCUGGACCGAGCUGCUGCGCGCCUCCAAGUCCGACCCGCCCUUCGACAAGCCCUCGAACAAGGGCAUCUGGCGCUUUUUCAGCAACCUGUUCGCCGGCGCGGACCGCGUGCAGCGCCCCCUGGUGGUGCCGCAUCUGCGCUACCAGCCGGCCGGCGAACGCGUGGCGCCCGGAUUGGUCAAGGCGUUGCCGCGGCUGGGGCACGAGCGCGUCGACGUCGAAAUCGGCAACGACCGGCUGGCCAUCAGGAAGGCCCUGGAACGGCGCGAGCAGUACCGGCAGGUCAGGGCGCACGUCAGAAAGGAGGACGGGCGGCUGCAGGCGUACGGCUGGAGCCUGCCCGGCAAGGUGGGGCCGAAUCCGGGCGGCGGCAAGCACAGCGGCGGGGUGCCCGUGCCGGUGCCGGUCUACUGCCGCCCGCUGGCCGAAACCACGCCAGAGAUGCGGAUCUGGUGCGCCGCCGGGGUCAACAUGAUGGGCGGGUAUACCAGAGACGGGGGACUGAUGGUAGGCGGCAGCGUGUUCUACUCGACCGACCCGACUACCCCGCCGCCCCAUCACCCGCCCACCCCAGUCGACGCCUUGGCCCGUGAGAUCGACGCAGGCAGGCAGGCCGCCCAGCUCGAGACGCGCCUCUCCUCGCUCGUCUGGAUAUGCACGACCGCCCACUCGGCCACCAUCGUCACCGUCGUCGACGCCAACAAUCCCGCCGAGCUGCUCAACAGCUUCGGCGUGUGCUCGGCGCACGUGCUGUGCAUCGCCAGCGUACCGGGUGCCGGUAGAGGGGACUACGCGGAAGAGGAGGGAGGGUCAGUGUGUGUCGAGCGCGAGCGCGAGGUGGUCGUCAGCGAGGACGUCGCGCAGACCGAGGUAGUAAGUUCCGAUAAGGAAAAUGGGGACGAUGCAAAAGGCGAACAUACGAACUCGGUGAAAGGAGAUGUGGAAAGUAAUGAGAAACCAAAGAGUGUAGAAGACGUUGUGGCACCUGUUAUGGGAAGACAGAACGCUAGGCUUCAAGAGGAACAAGAGGAGGCCGCAAUGUUGGGUAGAGUGACCUUUGUGGAAAAGGACGAAAGUGUGGUUAACAAAAAAGACAAAUAUGCCAAACAAGAGCAAUCAUGUGAUAAUAAUAAUAGAGAAAAGUCGGACGAAGUUUGUGCGGCUUGUGACGUCACGGUCGACUCGGACCAACCAGACAGUGAGAAUGCCGAUGCGAGCACAGAUGUUGGACAUGACCAAGAAGAUCAAAGCCAAAGCGCCCAGAAUCAAGAAGUGAUGUCGAGCGUUUUGGCUACGAUGUGGAUGGGAGACGAAAAUGGAAAUAUAUAUGUUCAUUCGUCCGUAGCUAAUUGGGCUCAAUGUUUGCAUACUGUCAAAUUGAAGGAUUCCAUUACAGCAAUAGUGCAUAUCAAUGGAAGAGUCGUAGUAGCUUUGGCCUGUGGUCAAAUAGCGAUAUUCAAAAGGAACAGAGACGGCGAAUGGGAUCUAUCCCAGUACUACCUGGUACAGAUCGGAGUACCGUACGUGUCGGUGCGUCAAUUGGCUGUGGUAGGCGACAAGGUGUGGUGUGGCUACAAGAACAAAAUCCACGUACUCCAACCCCAUGACCUGAAAAUCAUCCACACGCUGGAAGCGCAUCCUAGAAGAGAGAGUCCAGUCCGACAAAUGGCGUGGUUGGGCGAAGGUGUAUGGGUGUCAAUUAGGUUAGAUUCAACGCUGAGGUUGUAUCAUGCUCACACCUAUCAACAUCUACAGGAUGUUGACAUAGAACCAUAUGUUAGUAAAAUGUUGGGCACCGGCAAACUAGGCUUCUCCCUGGUCCGCAUCACCAGUCUCCUCAUCUCCUCCAACCGCCUGUGGAUCGGCACCAGCAACGGCGUCAUCAUCUCGGUGCCGCUCUCCGACGCCGUCCACCCGGUGGGCUCGACGUACGGGCGCGGGGCGGUCCUGCAAGGCGGCGCUGCGCGUGGGCAGCCGCUGCCGCCCGGCAGCUUCGUGCCCUUCUGCUCGAUGGCGCACGCGCAGCUCAGCUUCCACGGCCAUCGGGACAACGUCAAGUUUUUCGUCGCAGUGCCCGGCAACGGAGGCAUGAGUGCAGCUUCCACACCAUCUGAAGCAAUGCCUAAUACAGUGUCAUGGGGGGAGAACUCGAAAGAACCUUCAGCUAUGUUGGUUAUUUCAGGGGGAGAAGGAUAUGUAGACUUCAGGAUCGGGGAAAGGUUGGAUCCCAAUAACUGUCCAUGGUGUCCCCCAUACAUGGCAGAUAUUGCAGGCGAUGAAAUGGAGGACAGUAUGGUUAGUACAGGUGAGCCAGUGUUUCAAGAAACAUCUCAGGGGAAUCAAAACCAAGCAGGAGAACUAAGUCAUUUGAUUGUUUGGCAAGUGUCCACUAGUUGA